AACUACUUUAAUGUCACGUGUCCUCAGGCUGAGCAAUGCUUUAGCACCUCAGGGUCCUACACAUGCUGCAUGCUCGGCUUUGGACUCGAUGCACAGGGGAAAUGCGCUCAAAACGUUUGCGGUGCAUUCAAAGGACACCCUUAUACCGUCUACACCAGGGUCAGCAACGUGGCCAAGAAUGUGUCUUGCCUCCCGGGCUUUCGUCUUGCGUCUGGCAAACCAUCAACCAUAUACUGUGAUGGCACUGACUGGACACUCUCUUUCUGCAGAGAUAUAGAUGAAUGCAGAGUACAACCACUCCCCUGUGAGCUGAGUAGAUGUGUCAAUGAAUUGGGAACGUACCAAUGCUGCCCUCUCGGCUAUCGCAGGAAUAUAUCUCUGCCGACACGCUGUGGAGAGAACUCGUGCCCCCCUCCGGCCCCGAUUCCCAAUGCCGUUACCACCGGCAACAGCACUGUGGAGAAGAAUGUUUCCUGCUUGCCUGGCUACACCCUGGCCACCGGUUCACCACCGGUGAUUUACUGCCAAACCAACCAGAAAUGGACAUUCUCUGCCUGCGAGGAGAACUCGUGCCCCCCUCCGGCCCCAAUUCCCAAUGCCGUUACCACCGGCAACAGCACUGUGGAGAAGAAUGUUUCCUGCUUGUCUGGCUACACCCUGGCCCCUGGUUCAGCACCGGUGAUUUACUGCCAAACUAACCAGAAAUGGACAUUCUCUGCCUGCGAGGAUCUGAAGUCACCUGGCAGACUGAACUCGACGAACUUGGUGGCUCCCAUUGCCGGAUCCAUCGCUGCCGCUGUAAUUGUACUUAUUGUGGUGGCCUUCGUAGUACUGCGACGUCGCUCGCGGAGAUCUGGCAGCGCGCAGUUGAGGAAGCCGUUCACGCCGCUCACGGGAAUGCUCAGCACGUCCAUGCUCCUAAGCAACGCAAUGUCUCCCACGCAGAACGAGCGGUCCAGCGCAACCUCCGACACUAGAACCAUCGUAGAGCGGCCGCCCUGUCAGGAGACAGCCUGCUCCCCGACCAGCGAAUGUGCCAGCGGAUACGCCAGCAAAAACGCCAGGGACCGGGGGCCAUCGUGCGGCGAUGAUGAGUCCAGCUCCGAGACCAGCAAGUACGCCAGCAAAGCCGCCCAAGAAAAGAAAUCAUGCAAGGAGGAGGAGUACUUCGACGAGACCAACAGAUACGCCAGCCUCAAACUGAUUAGAAAAGAAUACUCGUGUUAGAAUUCCAUGUUACUUGCAGAAUGUACGUAGAGAGCAGACAAAAAUGAUUUCCCCCCCC